AUGGUUGCUCUUACUACACCAUCCUCUUCUCAGCUUCUCUUCUCGAGCUCAAGCUCGCGGUCUCUUUCUCGCCUCUCUCCUUUUCAAUCAUGCGUCUUUGAUACAAAAACACUAGUCUCGUUCUCUAAUACCGGUAGCAGCAAGAAAAAGCAUGUUGCUUCUGGGGUUAAGUGUAUGGCGGUGAGCACGGAUUCUGAGAUAGUGACGAAAACAAAGAGUAAGUUCGAGAUUCAAGCACUGACUACUUGGCUUUUGAAGCAAGAACAAGCUGGUGUCAUUGAUGCUGAACUAACUAUCGUGCUUUCUAGCAUUUCUAUGGCGUGUAAACAGAUUGCUUCUUUGGUUCAAAGAGCCGGGAUUUCUAACUUAACUGGUGUUCAGGGUGCUGUUAAUAUUCAAGGAGAGGAUCAGAAGAAGCUAGAUGUGGUGUCAAAUGAGGUGUUCUCCUACUGUUUGAGAUCAAGCGGACGCACAGGAAUCAUAGCAUCCGAGGAAGAGGAUGUCCCGGUAGCAGUGGAGGAGAGUUACUCGGGAAACUACAUUGUGGUGUUUGAUCCACUUGAUGGAUCGUCGAAUAUUGAUGCAGCAGUGUCCACCGGUUCCAUUUUUGGAAUUUACAGCCCAAAUGAUGAGUGCCUAGCUGAUAUUGGUGAUGAUAGCACUCUUGACAAUGAAGAACAGAGAUGUAUUGUGAAUGUCUGCCAGCCAGGAAAUAACCUUCUUGCUGCUGGCUACUGCAUGUACUCAAGCUCGGUUAUUUUUGUUAUCACUAUUGGAACCGGCGUGUUUUCAUUCACGCUGGAUCCAAUGUAUGGAGAAUUCGUUUUAACACAAGAAAAUAUUCAAAUACCAAAGGCUGGAAAAAUUUAUUCAUUUAAUGAAGGAAACUACCAAAUGUGGGAUGAUAAGUUGAAGAAGUACAUUGAUGACCUAAAAGACCCUGGUCCUAGCGGAAAACCCUACUCUGCUCGUUACAUAGGUAGCUUGGUCGGUGACUUCCACCGAACACUGCUAUAUGGUGGCAUUUAUGGGUAUCCUAGAGACGCGAAGAGUAAAAACGGGAAGCUUAGACUAUUGUAUGAGUGCGCACCUAUGAGCUUUAUAGUUGAACAAGCUGGUGGCAAAGGAUCAGACGGCCAUCAGAGAGUACUCGACAUCCAACCUGUUGAGAUACAUCAACGUGUUCCGCUCUACAUUGGAAGCCAGGAGGAAGUGGACAAAUUGGAGAAAUACUUGGCUUGAGUGAAUUGUAAAUGCCUAUUUCAUAGUUUCUGAAGAAAUAUAUUACUGAAAGUAUGAGAAGGGGAAGCUAUUUUUUUA